UAUUUGACCUCUGGGGUGAAACGGUCGGCCGGCGUCCUGCAGCAACAGACGCCCUCCGCACUUAGCAGGGACACAAAGUUGUCGGGGUCAAACUGCAACCCGUUUAUAACCAGGAAACCAGCUCGUUGAUCCAUGAGGACAGGGUGAGUGUACCUAUGUAACCUGGUCCAGUUCAGACCUGACCUGGGAUCUGGCUGCAGCCUCGUAAUAAUCCUCUAAAGAGCAUUAGCGGGCUAACUUUGGCCCGGACUGUGACAUCGGCGACUUCACUUCAGGUUGUUCGCCAUGAUGCAGAUACCUGAAUCCUACAACCAGAAGAACUCGCUCUUCAACGCCAUGAACCGCUUCAUUGGCGCCGUCAACAACAUGGACCAGACGGUGAUGGUGCCCAGCCUGCUGCGGGACGUCCCGCUGGACGAUGCAGAGGACGCAAAGGCGGCGAGGACCGCUAACGGUGCCGCAGCCACCAAUGGCUACUUCCAGCAGGACGCCGACAUGUACAGCUCGUACGUGCUGCUCAAGUCCAUCCGCAAUGACAUAGAGUGGGGCGUCCUGCAGGGCGACGAGCGGCGGAAGGAGAAGGCUGGCGUGGCGACGGAGGCGGUGGCGGUGGCGGAGGACGACCUGGAGAAAGAGUUUCAUUUCCACCUGAAUGGACUCCACUCGGUUCUGUCCAAACUGACGCGCAAGGCUAACACGCUAACGACCCGCUACAAGGAGGAGAUCGGCUGCAGGAACUGAGCGAUUCAUUUAUAGAAAUUAUAUUCAACCGUAACCGUGUCUUUGAACACGUUGGCUCAUUUACUACAAAGCAGCUUUAGUUUCAGUUCUGAGAGGAAACUAAAGACAAUCGACACUGUAUCCGAUCUAUUGAUUGGAUAAAGUGACGAUUUUUUUGCACAAAUUUUUUUUUCACAUUUUUUUUGCACAAAAAGAUUUUUUGCACAAAUAUUAAAAGAUACCCAGAAAUAUCUGGGUAUCUUUUAAUAUUUGUAAUACCCAAGUUCGAGGUUCAGCGUGUUCAAAUGUAAAAACACUGUAGACACCAACAGGCCACACACAAGAUUAUAGGUGAAAAUAACUGUGUCCCCCGAUGUUGGAGCUGUUUACAAUGACACGUUCAAAGUCUCAUCUUAAUGAUAUUAAACAGGUUUAAACAGGUUUGCAAACUUUCUGGCUUUUGCCUCAAAAACUGUUGUCUUCUAGUUAAACCAAACUGUUGUUUUUGUCUCCUUUUAAUUUGAAUAAUUAAUCACGAUGGAGAGAAAACCCUCUAGUUAUCAGGGUUAGUUAGUUACUACAAAAGUUACUUUGUAGUCAAGGAACUAUCUGAGCGAAAAAAUAAAUCAAACGUACACUGAGUGAGAAUCACCGGAUCUGUAGAUAUCUGGGAAAAUGAUGACAAUAAAACAUUAAGAGACGUGAAUUUGAAUGUCUUGAUCAGUUUACUAGUCCUACUCAGUUGUUAAAACAAAAGGGGACCGGAGUACGGUCCCUGGGGAAGCCACAGGACGAAAAACAGAGUAAUAGGUACAUUCUUGUUCCGUCCUGUCUUUUGUGAGAAAGAAAAGAUUACACUCGCCUUAUCUUGUGUUUGACACUCUGAUAAUGUUCAGCGGGGGCCGACUAUCAAAUGUCAAAGUGUCCUUGAACACACCGCCGCUCAGUGAUAGCGAGAAAGUGAACUCCUUCUCCCUGAAAGGAUUUGUAGUUAAUGAGCUAAAAUGUGCAAAAACACCAGUGUGGUUUGUUACAGAGUGUUUAUAUUUAUCACAAAGGCACUGAGGGGUCGAGAUUGGGCAAAUAACUGCAGCGAGAAACAGAUAUUUUCUCCAGUUGUUUGUCCGACUGUAUUUACACUGUUGAUGUUGCUCUAUGUUUUCAGGGUUUUUUGUGCGUUUGUCCUUCUUUUCUAAACUAUGCAAACACGCUUGGAACGAGACUCGGCUUUAAACAUCUACAAACUGUUGGUUUAAAGAAGAUAAUGGGCCUUUUUCUCAGCAGAAAUAGUAGGGUAAGAACGGCUGUGAAAAAGAUGGUGGCCGAUCAGCAGUGAGUCAACGCACCAACAAUGAACCGAUAAUCAAUAAUUAACUGUUUACAUCGUUGCUAAAAAACCCAACUGUUCUCUGUUUGCAUCUUCUAAAAUCAGGGAUUAUUUACACUAUUAUGAACCUGAUUGGCAUUUUAUUUGAUUAAUCAAUUGUUCACUUUCAGUAAUGUUAUUGUUCAGUCUGUAAAAUGUCAGAAAACUGAGCUGAUGUCUCCAAAUGUCCGACCAACAUUUUAAAACCUAAAGAAAUUCAGUUUUCUGUGAUAUAAAACAGAAAAUCUUCACAUUUCAGAGGCUAGAAAGAAAAGUGUUUCUCCACUUUAAAGUGGUAAAAUAAAAAGGUUGGUGUUUGUCGGUCUGACUGAAGCUGUGUUGACUCAUUUCAUCGGCUGAUAAAGUCUGUUAGUACCUGAUGAUGAACCCAUUCAGAACUGUAGCUCGAUUAUCCCGAACUAAAAGAAAGAAAAGAGUUAAAGACGGAUUUUCAUCCAUCCAGACAUAAAAAAAGUCUUAAAUAUAAAAUCUGAGACAUUAAAGAGAAGCUUUAAUAAUGAGGUCGAUGACGUUUCUGUGAAAAACACUGCAUUUCUUACAUAAACAGCUAUGCAUUUUUCUAUUUAAUGUCCAGCUUGGCAAUUAAAGGUUUUGAUGAGUAUUUUUGUGUUUUCUG